ACGAUCACCUAACUAAAGGUUUUAUCUAUGAAAAUACAAGCAAAGAGAAGAAAAUGGUUUUUACUCUGCCUAAACGCCUUAAGACUGCCAAGAAGAAAGCCAUCGACUACGGAAAAGAAUUCCGUGGUUGGUUGGAAAAACUCCAUGUGCAGGAGGGCGACAUGCCUAAGAUAAUGAAACAACUAGUUGUCCAAGCAAAACAAGUACGAGACAAACGAGUUGACGGGAACUGGACUGUUGGUAAUAUCCAAGUAGAACUUGAGGGUAUAGCUCUAGCAAUAAGGCAACUGCAAGCACGCGAAAUGAAGUUUGCGGACAGCGCGAAAGCAAGGACUGUCCAUAGAAGAAAAAUCGUAAUUCUGAAGACUAGGUCAGACAAAUUAAUCGAGGAGAUGAACAACAAAUAUAAUGUUGUUGUGACGGAGGAGCACAAAAAGAGUGGGAUCUUUCCCUGGCACAAUUCCGUUGUUUCUGUUUCAAAUCACUUUCAAGCUGUGAAUGCGUGGAUGCUAGAACAGAGAUUUCGCGAAGAAGUGAUUCAAACCGAAAAGGAAAUGGUGACAUUCAUUGAGACCAUUUGUAAAGUUCGAAGAAACUUAGAAGAAGAUAUUAAAAAACUCCAGGAUCAAAUCAGUGCAGGGAAUCAACAGUUUCACCGAGGACAAAUUGUUCUUAAACAACUCGAAAUUGCGCGAUGGAAGAAAGUUUUGGCUGAUGCGACUAUGCUCUUCGAUGUCGAAUCCGACUUUUUGGAUGAAGACACGUUCGCCUACGACAUUGAAAAUGGCAUCGAAGACCUUCUAUUAGAUAAUAUUCAAGAAGAUGGUGAUGAGGAAAAUGAAGCAUACGAAGAAGAUAGCGAAGAGGAGACUGCUGAUUACCAGGAUUACAGCGACGAAGAGACAAACGAUUAUCAAGACUACGCUGACGAGGACAAUGAAGGAAACAAUUAAUAUCGAUCGUUUGAAACUCUCUUAUAUAUAGUUAUGCAAAUCCUGUAAUUAGGGCUACUUUUGAAAUGGAGCUAUUGAUGAAAGGGAAUAAAAGUAUAAUUAUGAGGUU